GUCGUCAUCUUCCCUUCAAGACCUUUCCUCAUUGGUCAGCUCCGCGUUACAUUGCCUUGUUCUUAAAGGGUUUCAAAUUUCAAGAGAAACAAAUAAAGAAAAACCCCAGGGUGUCAGCCAAUCAAGACGACAACUUCCUCAGAAAAUUCAGCCGUAACAAAUUCAUUCGCCCUUCAAACCCUUCAAUUCUUCAAACGAAUCCCUACAUAUAAAUUGGGUCUUGAUCGUUUCUGCCUUUGCGAAGGCUGAAAUCUGUAGCUUUUCUUGACAGUGGGUCGGUGAAACUCAAGAAAUGGCUUCCCAGGCGCAUUUGGACAAGAUGCAGCUCCGCCAGAACUACCGCAAUCUCUGGCACAACGAUCUUGUCCACACCAUUCAGGCUGACACUCCAUUUGAUUGGGGUCGUUCCGUUUUCGCGACUUUCAGAUUGCUGCCUUGCUCUCUGGUGUGGGCCUUGUGUAUCUUACUUGCUCCGCAAGCGGGCACUUUACAAUGACAUGUCAAGGUAUGUUUGUUGUGCUGGUUACAUGCCUUGCAGUGGAAGGUGCGGUGAAAGUAAGUGCCCGGAGUUCUGCCUUUGCACUGAGGUAUGAGGGUCACUUAUUCAUAUGUAUUCUCUAGAUGCAUAUAAAUGGGUACUAGAUUAAGGAGACUGUUGAAUUUGAAUUUGAGAACAAGGUUUUAAUCUCAUAUAAUGUCGAACUUGCCUCCUGAUCUGUUAACGAGCGUAGCCUUUUAUCGACUUGCAAAUGCUCUAAGGGCUAAAUUUAAUUGCCUGUGUACCCCAUUCGUGAUGCUAAAAUGGUCCUGGUAGAUAUGGGUUUCUGAUAGACCGUUAUGUACACAUGUUUUUACCCCCGUUCUUACACCGUUUGAAGUGUUGAUUCUCGUGUUUUAGGCCGAUUUCACGCUAGGUUGUGCUUGUUUGUGAUAUUUCAGGUCCUAGUACGUGAAUGAAGGCUUCGGAGCGAGUCUGGGGUUGAUUGGACGAAGACCGGACGAAUGGCGAGGCUUCAAGGAAUCCGCACGGGCAGACCUGGAGGUCACACGGCCGUGCAAGGGGCAACCCUGGUCGUGUGAUUUCCACCGAGAGCAAACACGGGCAGACUGGGAUCCUCACACGGCCGUGCAAUCCUGGCCGUGUGAGAUGGCUGAAGAUCGACUAAUUGAUGCGCUGCGUUUCGACUAGCAAGGGCAAAGUGGUGAGCCGCACGGCCGUGUGGCCUGCCCGUGUGAGUCGGGAAAUUCUGGGUUUUGAGCCAAUUUCGAGCCUAAAGUGAAGAAUCGGAUUUUCAGAGAAAAAACAGAGCCCUAGAGAGAGAAAGUGCGAAGAACACAUCCUAGAAGCUAUCUUGGAGUUGGGUUUCACCGAAUCGAGCUUGGAGAUCGUCAUAGGAGUGGAAACCAUCAUCCCGGAGCAGAUUUUCCUCAUCAUUAUGAGUAUGACUACUCCGAUUACUGUUUUCUCUUCUCUCUCUAUGGAGUAGAUCCCUUCUCUCACUUGGGUAUGAAGAACCCUAGUUCCUUGUGUUAGGGAUUUGAUUGUAAUAACUUGGGAUGAUAUUACUGUUUGAUUUUAAUCGAAUGAUGCAUGUUUAUUGAAUUGAUUUGAGUC